GGCAGGCGCCGCGAAUCUGUCGUCGUCGUCGCGUAACCGUUGUAGUAUCCGAGAUCUCGCGUUUAUGCGCGCGGCACCUGUACCGCACGUAGUACAGUGCCGCACGUUUAUCUGGCACGGGCCAACAUAAUUUCAAAUCGUUCCCGUUAACGUACCGCGCGUGCGCGCGUGCGCGCGCGCCCGCAACGAGAACGAGCGAGCGAGCGAGCGAGCGACUCGUGUGUCGCCGCCGUCGUCGCCGCCAUUGCGACGGGAAAGAUGCGGUGAGAAGUUUGCCGCGGAAAGAGCGCGAGACGCGAGAGCCGUCAGCCAGGCAGGCAGGCAGGCAGGCAGGCAGGCGCCCAGACGGGCGGGCGGAUAGAGCGGAUCCCUCGCGGAAAUCGGCCAUCUUGCUUAGUGCACGCUUGGAUCUCGCGACGAGUAGUCGUCCCUCGCCUCCGUGAACCACCCUUGUCGGGUGGUCGUGCGUGUGCGGGCGGUGUCAGAGCGGGCCCCCCUCGAGUUUCUCGAAGUGGUGCACCGCGGAAUCACCAGCUGUGCGGAAAGAAGGAAAAAGAGGCGGUGUGCGUGCGUGCGUGCGUGUGUGCGUGCGCGUUAAUCGAGCGGUCUAGCGCGCGGAUUACUCCGGCGGCAGGAUGGCGGGCAACACGGGUAUGGAACAGUUGAUCCCGAUCGUGAACAAGCUGCAGGAUGCGUUCACGCAGCUCGGCGUGCAUAUGCAGCUCGAUCUGCCGCAGAUCGCGGUGGUGGGCGGUCAGAGCGCGGGCAAGAGCUCCGUGCUCGAGAACUUCGUCGGCAAAGACUUCUUGCCAAGAGGUUCAGGUAUUGUGACAAGGAGACCUCUCAUCUUACAGUUGAUUAACAGCACAACUGAAUUUGCAGAGUUUUUACAUUGUAAGGGUAAGAAAUUUGUGGAUUUUGAUGAAGUGCGGAAAGAAAUUGAAGCAGAAACAGACAGAGUGACAGGAAGUAACAAGGGCAUUUCUAAUAUACCAAUUAAUCUCAGAGUAUAUUCACCCAACGUGCUAAAUUUGACAUUAAUUGAUUUACCUGGACUUACAAAAGUACCAAUCGGAGACCAGCCAGCAGAUAUAGAAGCCCAAAUUAAAGCCAUGAUCUUUCAAUUUAUUAAACGUGAAAAUUGUCUUAUAUUGGCAGUCACACCAGCCAAUACUGAUUUAGCCAAUAGCGAUGCUCUUAAACUUGCUAAAGAAGUAGAUCCACAAGGUGUACGUACAAUUGGCGUUAUUACCAAACUGGAUCUUAUGGAUGAUGGUACUGAUGCAAGAGACAUUUUGGAAAAUAAAUUAUUGCCAUUGAGAAGGGGUUACAUUGGUGUUGUUAAUAGAAGUCAAAAGGACAUAGAAGGACGAAAGGAUAUCAAAAAUGCUUUAGCUGCUGAGCGAAAGUUCUUCCUCAGCCAUCCGUCUUAUCGUCAUCUAGCAGACAGAUUGGGUACACCAUAUUUGCAGAGAGUUCUCAAUCAACAAUUAACAAACCAUAUCAGGGAUACCUUGCCAGCUCUAAGAGAUAGAUUACAAAAGCAACAAUUAGCUUUAGAAAAGGAUGUCGAACAGUACAAACAUUUCAGACCUGAUGACCCUGCAAUCAAAACAAAGGCUAUGUUACAAAUGAUACAGCAGCUUCAGUCAGAUUUCGAGAGAACUAUAGAAGGCUCAGGUUCAGCACAAAUUAAUACUAUGGAACUCAGUGGUGGUGCAAAAAUCAACAGACUUUUCCACGAACGUUUCCCAUUUGAAAUUGUUAAAAUGGAAUUUGAUGAAAAAGAAUUAAGGAAAGAAAUUGCUUUCGCUAUCAGAAAUAUACAUGGUAUUAGAGUGGGGUUAUUUACUCCGGAUAUGGCUUUUGAGGCAAUAGUCAAAAAACAAAUAAACAGACUUAAGGAACCAAGUCUUAAAUGUGUAGAUUUAGUCGUGCAAGAACUUAGUAAUGUUGUACGCAUUUGUACAGAUAGGAUGUCGCGUUAUCCCAGACUAAGAGAAGAGACAGAACGAAUCAUAACAACACAUAUUAGGCAGCGCGAACAAAUGUGUAAAGAGCAGCUAAUCUUACUGGUGGACUGCGAACUUGCAUACAUGAAUACGAAUCAUGAAGAUUUCAUCGGUUUUGCAAACGCUGCAGCCAGUAGCCAUAAUGCAAGUGCACAGCAAUCUUCGGAGAAUUCCGUUAAAUCUGGACGGCAUACAUUAGGCAAUCAAGUAAUUCGUAAAGGCUAUAUGUGUAUACAUAAUCUUGGUAUUAUGAAGGGCGGUUCGAGAGAUUACUGGUUUGUUUUAACAUCCGAGAGUAUCUCCUGGUUCAAGGACGAAGAAGAACGUGAAAAGAAAUACAUGUUGCCAUUGGAUGGAUUAAAAUUGCGUGAUCUGGAGCAAGGUUUUAUGUCGCGUCGUCAUCUAUUUGCGUUAUUUAAUCCCGAAGGAAGAAAUGUUUAUAAAGAUUAUAAACAAUUGGAGUUGAGUUGUGAAACACAAGAUGAUGUUGACUCCUGGAAGGCGUCAUUCCUGAGGGCUGGUGUAUAUCCCGAAAAAUCAACAGAACAAGCAAAUGGCGAAGAGGAAGGAUAUGAGGGUGGAACAGAGGGUCAGUCAUCGAUGGAUCCUCAAUUGGAGCGUCAAGUGGAAACUAUCAGAAACUUAGUAGAUUCUUAUAUGAAGAUUGUUACAAAAACUACCCGCGAUCUGGUUCCAAAGACAAUUAUGCUUCUUAUUAUUAACAACGCUAAGGACUUCAUUAAUGGAGAACUGUUGGCACAUCUUUAUGCAAGCGGCGAUCAGGCUUCAAUGAUGGAAGAAUCUCCCGAAGAGGCGCAAAAACGGGAAGAGAUGUUACGCAUGUAUCACGCGUGCAAAGAGGCUCUUCGUAUAAUUGGAGAUGUCUCAAUGGCCACAGUCUCAACUCCAGUACCACCGCCUGUGAAAAAUGAUUGGUUGGCGACCGGCGACAAUCCAAGUCUUGGGUUAUCGCCACCAUCUCCUGGUGGUCCAAGACGUGGAGUGACACAGCCACCACCUAUUUCUAGCUCACGAGCACCACCACCAGUACCUGCAACUGGCCGGCCAGCACCAGCCGUUCCUAAUAGACCUGGUCCAGGUGGACCACCACCGCGAGCUAAUCCUGGCCUACCUCCACCUAUGAUACCAACUCGAGGGGGUGGUCUACAGCAGAGGAUAACACAAGCUGCGACACAGGCUGCGACGCAAGCCGCCGUGAAUGAGCUGAUGGAUGCGUUCAAGAUCAAGCGUCCCGUACCCAAUAUUCCCCCCCGAAUUCCCGACAGACCAUACUCCGGCCGACUAAACUGAGCUAGUCCAAUACAGCAACGGCAUAUGAGACAGCAGCCUGUGUAACACAAGAUGCACCUGUAAUAGUCCGAGACAGCAUCAGAAGAGGUCCCGUCCUAAAUGACGGAUCAUGGUUAACCGGAUGUGCCGCAGGACACGGCUGAUGGAAGAAAUCCUUAGUUACACAAUAGAGAGUACAAGAAGUUCUCCCAAAGCAAGUGUCUUAUGUAUUAUUCUGAUCUCACGGCCUCGAUAUCGAAUUGUCGACGUUUGCUAGCAGACACAGGAGUCACAAGAAGUAAUUAGAACUACAGAAAAAAAUUUUGUACAGAGAGAUGGAGGAGCAAGGCUGUGUUAAGCAAAUACUAGAGGAAAAAGAGGGACCAAGAAACGAAAGGCACAAAAAAAACCUGCUCGUUUCUCGAUGGUCAGGACAGCCAGAAAAAUUCCAUCAGUUCAACCGCUUCUUUCUCUGGUGUAUAUUUCGUCUUCUAUUUUUAUUUAUGUACAGCUAGAUUUGUGUUAGAUUACGAUGUAGUUCUAAGUAUUAACAUCGCGCUCGACACGCGCUAGGUAUGUAUUUUUAAAGGAAUAAUUUCGUUCGAAAUGGCAAUAGAGAUCUUACGAUAAGGAGAUCCAGACGCGUUUCUCGAUUCUGUUCAACGAUUUACAAAAGCCAUUUAAAAUCGUGAUUAUCAGUAUUACAAGUUAUUUAGAGCUACAAAGUACUCAAGAGUGCGAGUUCAGUCUUUCGAGAAAUGUUGGAAUCGCAAAUGUUGGAUUGCCAAUCAAUUAACAGUUUGUAACCGUGAAAUUGCAAAUGGAUAAUUUGAAAACUUCCGGUUAUGUCAAAUACUCUCUUAUAUCUUUCUCGUGCCUAUUUGCGAUGUCCGAAGUAUAUUGUAAUCUUCUUAUCGUAAGUUUCAUAAAAAUAUUUAAUAUAGAAGCGAUUUUUUGAGAUAUUUCGAGACGAAUAUGGGCAACUCAAUUACCUCGAAUUGUAGAAAAAUUAAUUAAAACAGAUAGACUAAGUCACAUUUCGCGAAGAGGUAACGGGGAAUUUGCGAUCGAACACGCUAUCAGCAUUCCAGAAAAAUUUCACAGCUACAUAAAAUUACACGGAAAUAUAAAUUGUGAUCAAUGCAUUAUUAUCGUAAUAUAACAUCUGCUUGUCAAUUCGUGCAAGAAGAUCGUUCGUUAGGUAUAAUAACGCUAUCUUUAAGGAUCUCUAGGGAUUCUACGAUGAACAUCGAAGCGUAAAAUGAUAAGAUCAUCUUGCUGAGUGGUAUGUGAAAGACACAAAAAAUGAAAAUAUUGAUAUUUAUUUUAAUUGUGUAGAAUUUGGUUUUUUUAUCGACGCAUGCGUAGUUAAUUUUGCGUAAUUUUUUAUAAUUAUUUUUGCAUCUUAAUGUAAUUAAUAGCCACCCGAAGAGAUGACGACAGCGGUAUUGGAGAACGCAUCACACAAUUAUUUUGUAAAUGAAAUCAAAAUGGCGGCAAGUGAAGUAAACGGAAAUUGUACAUAUAAUUUACAAAUAUAGUAUUAUAAAUGUCUUAGAAAAAGAUUUUUGUAUCACCAAAUGUUAUUAAUAAUCAGUCUACGGAAUAUCGACUGAUGAUGAAUGUGUACCAUGAAUCAAAUAAAUAAAUAUUUAAUACGAAACAG